AUGGCGCUCUUCCCUAAGCGCUUGACCUGCCACGGCUGUGGGCAUCGCUCUCCCCAACCAGUCCGUGGAUCGAUUGGCAAAUUUCAUUGCAGUCAUUGCGACGCCGAUACCUACCUCGACCAGAAUGGAGAAAUCACAGACCCCCCAGCUGCGGAGACAAACCCCGCUGGCGUAUGGAGUCCGCGUCCCGACCCGGCCGAUUCAAUAGCCAGAGGCUCCGAUCUCUUCUGCUCCCAAUGUCUUCGCAACCAGCACCUGCUUACGACAUCUCUGGCAAACUACUCCGAAGCAUCUGAUGACCCCAAUCAUCCCGAUGAAGAGCGUCGCAUCGAGGCGUUCCGCAAGACCAUGGAAGACCAGUACCCCCAAGUGUGUGAUGCUUGUGAGCCUCGCGUGGUGCAGCGCAUGCGCCAGGCUGGAUACGAAGCGAAAGCAGACCACCUCCGACGCAUGAUGGAUCGAAGCAGAGCCAGUAAAGCUGCAAAGAGGGAAAGGAACUGGGGCUGGCGCAGCCUUCUGGUUUACGCGGGUGCCCUUGGGUACUGGGGUAGUGUGGGCGGACAACUUGCUUGGGACGCAAUGAGUACUUUGACUGGUCCCAACUUCGGGCAUAAUGACUUCCUGGAGAGCAUGCCAUCAUUACUAUCUUGUGGGAGACAUGCAUGGGAAAUUAGGCGCAUCCCUAACGAGUGCUCCCAUGACUUGGCAUCAUUGGCUGGUCUCUCGCUCGUUGCAGGCUGUCUUUCGAUAUGGUGGAAUCCCAAGCUACGUAUGAAAGUGAAUGGGAAAGACGGCAGAUUUAUCGGUCUUUCAGAGUACUACAAGGGCCAACUCGUUGUGUUGGUAGCGCGCUGCGUGUUCUGGGCUCUGCUCAAGGACCCAUCUGCGAGUGGCCUCAAAUCUGAUUUACCUCCUGCCCUGCAUAUGUUCAUGUUCAUGUUUACUAUUCUCUCUGUUGUGGUUUCCCGUCAAGUCGUUAGGUACGACGCUAGCCCUUUGGUGAAUUGGGCAGAUCACUCCUGGGAGACGAGGGUUCGGAGCCCUGGUUCCUCUCCUGCGCCAGCUGAUCGUGGGCAACCACAGAUCAACUCACCAAAUGGCAACGACAAACCGUUUACCCCAUCCUUCCCAAUUGGAAAGCUAGCUACAGCUCCGCCCCCGGCGGAUAAGUCGCCCGUUGUUCCUCCUACGCCUCCACCCGUGCCCGAUGAUAUGGAUUGGACUCCCUCUGCUCCGCAAAACCUCCGGCCAAGUGUGAGUGUGACCCAAAGAAACCUGCCAUCACCCAGUGUUUUCGAUGGCCCUUCACCGUUCUAUGGAAAUCUGCCAGCUGCUCCGAAGCCCCCAGCCUGGAACCUUCGCACUCGCCAGUCAAACAAGCCUAUUGAACAAGUUGUUCAACCCAAUCCAUUCCACCGAAGCCCCGUCCAGGCGCCAAACAUGCUGCAACAAUACCGUGCAAAACCAGAGGCUAUCUUCCAAGCCCCGCGGUUCUUUCCACGGGCUGAUUAUAAUCAAAUGACCGGGUUGGAGGCACUUUUUGAAGACACAUUCGACAUUAGCAAGGAUGCGCCGAAGAGAGACAAGGGCCACGGAGAGCGCAACCAAGGUGCUCCUUCCCGUCCCAUUCAAAGCCAGCUCGUGUAUCAGUACCUCCGAUUGGGUUUGUUGUUGGCUUCCAUGGCUGCGUGGACAUUUUCUCAGAACCACGAGCUCUUUGUUAAAGGGAAUUAUAUCGAGGCUAGUGCUCUAGGCAGCGCCAGUCUAAUUGCGGGCUUUGCUUUCCUAGAAGCAGUCAAGCGACCUAUGGUGCAUUGGAAUGGCAUGGAAAUUUUGGUAUAUCUCACAGAACUUGUCGCCGCUGUCCACCUGGGUAGCCAUCUGCCCAAAGUUGAUUUCGAGCGCGCCUACUUUGAUCGAUAUGGGAAGUUGCUCCUGGUGUUUAUGACCGUCCAAGAGUUUUUGGGCCUUUUGGCUUUCCAUCGUGCAUUGCCAGUUGCGGGUAUGCCAGACGCUCAAAAACCGACAAGUCCUUUCUUUCCUCAGCCCGGGUCACCACAACGUCAAUCGCAGUCGCCAAAACCCGGUGCCAUUGCCUGGCCUUCAGUGGAGUCCCCACCCAAUAGAUCUCCCGUGGCACCAUCGUUUGGGUCGCAGCAACCCGCCCCUCUGCCGUCGUUCUCUCAACGCAGCGCGCCUGUUCUCUCCUUUGGAUCCUCCGACGGAGCCUCCACCCUCUCCUCGGCGCUACCGGAGGUACCGAACUACGGGCUUUCAUCGUCUCGGUCUCUCAAUACCUUCCCUUCAAAAAACCCCCACAGCUUCACUAUGAGCGACCUCAGAGCAAGCGAUCCACCGUCGGAUUACGAACAGGAUUCGGACACUGAGACAAUCGCGACCACGGCCACAAACAGGACCGAUGCUACCGGCCUCAACAUCAGGUACGGGCGCAACCAACACAUCGGCUUGAACUCCGCAUUUUCACCACGAAAAAACGAACUUGGCUCCGGAAUCGGCGGCCUGAGUCUAGAAGACCGCCCUACUCCUCGUCGCAUGACGCGGAGUCAAACACAACAAGGCAUAGGGAGCCUCCGGCGCCCCGGCCAUCCUAUCAGAUGA